CUGAUAUAUGUGCUGUAUUCUUUCACUCGAUGUUUUAGGCAUUGGAUGAAACUGAUCGACAUACUAUUCAUUCAGAUACUAAAAAAUUGUUGCGAACAAUCGGAAUCGCUCAACCACAACAAGCGGUACUGACAUCAACAACAACGAAUAUUCCCCGAAAUAAAGUUUAA